AGCUGUAUUGAUAGGCAGUAAGUCAUUGAAGUCUUCUUUUAGAGAGAAGACUGUUUCAUAGAGUAUGGCCUGGGAAGUUUGUUUGCCACUUCCAGUUAUAUUCCAUGUGGGGCAGGAGGGAGGAUGCUCUGAGAGAAAAAACAAUGAAGUAAAAAAUAUCUGAUUAUUUAAAGUCAAACAUGAAAAGGCUUCUGCCCGGAUCCAUCCUUGUAUGCAAGAGAUUGCAAUCUGUGGUGAUGGCCUUAGACUGGAAAGGGCAGAAUGUGUUCUCCAGCUCUUCAGAGAGGUAGCCUAGCAGCCAUUAUCUCAUUGUAGGCUUUAGAAUGAUCAUCUCUUUGUCAUUCUGUUCUGAUGGUGUUAACCUGAAUCACCUACUCUUUCAAUUUAGUUUUCCUCUCUUAGGACAGGAGAGAAAGGUGGCCUAACCUAUGAACAUACUAAUUUGACUGAUUCCAAAGACUUUGAGUGAGACCAGAUGAUGAUUAUAUCCAAUGGAUUACUACCUGCCUAUUUUGGAAGUCUAGGAUUUUGUUACUUCCUAGUAUUUGGUUGCAUGCUAUUCUUUCAAUGGAGGAAACGAAUCCAUCAGAAACGACGUGCAAAAGCCUGGGUGAAGCAGCUGAAAGCAGAAACGUAUUUCCAGCGCGCAUUGUCUCACAGAAUGGAUAAGGAAGCCCUGCCUGGAUCUGAAGUGCAAUCCUACAAUCCUGCAACUCAUACUAUCCCAAAGCCACAUGGCAACAUCUUGUCCAGCGAGGCCACUACAGAUAACAUUGGCUGUUCCACCUCAUCCCUUCAAGAUUCAGACCCCUACAAACCAGUGUUUCAGGAAUUACCUUGUGCUUGUGCACUUCCUUACUUGCCGCCCCUCCUGGAACAUUCAGCAUCUUUUCCAUGCUCCAGUAUUCCAGUCAGUAGCACAUUUAGUUCGCCUCUGAAAUCAGCUGCGUUGAAAAAUGAGUCAUACAAUACUGGUAGCAGCAUCUCUGUCUAAGAGCAAAUUUAUUGGAUGGAUGAAGUUGAGAUCUGGAAAUGUUUUUUCUCUGCUUAACUGCGCAUCAUAUGAGUUAUAUACUGAAAAAAUAAAAUGUUUGUAAAGUGAACUUAUUGUAAGACAGAGAAAGAGCAAUAUUUUCAUUUAUGUCCAAAACAACAUUCUACCAAUAAAAAUCCAUUCUGAAUUUUUAAAAUAACAUCUACGCCUCAGUGUUUUAUUUAAAUUUGACAUUCACAAUGCAUGAUAGGUGCAAAACAUAUAUAUAUAUACAAUGUACAACUAAAGAGCUUUUCAUUCCUUAUGAAAAAUUAUCACAGGUCAAAAUGAAGAAUCAUUGCAAAUGAUAUUUUUUAAAAAUUCUUAAAUCCUGACAGUGUAUUAUUGUGCCAAGGACUGGAGAUACAACUGUAGUGCAGCUUCUUUUUAGACAACUAAAGAAGUUGCAGUUCUUUUUCUCAAGGUAUUUAUGCAGACUGAACGUCUGUAGAUAUCUUCUUACAGAGAAAGGUCCCUGUAUAGUUCCCUCAGUAUUUUUUAUAUUCAUAAAUGCAACAUAAUACUUUCAAGCAACAUCUUAAAGUUAUUUAAGAUCUUGCUCUUUCUAGCAGUGCCAAACUCCGACCUCUUAGUUUUCUAAUUAUUCAACCUUUUGAUAAAAUUGCCUUGCACAAACCUGUAUUCAAGCCUCGUUUUGUAAAAAUAGAACAUUUUCAUAUGUCUUACCACCAGAGAUAACAAGCAAACUCCAUUGUUAUUCUGUUGUCUCCUUGCCAAUUCUCAGCAAAUACACUCUCAACCUAGCUGGGAAUUCUUCAAUUGUGAAUGAUAGGAAGAACUCUGGUUUUCAUAAACUGACAUUUAAUUGGAAGCAUUGUAAUAUUUUUUUU